UUAAAAAGUAUUAAAAGUUGAUAAAUCCAUUUUGGGAAAAUUAAGGCCCUUAAAAGGUAUUAAAAAGUCUUAAUCCCAAUUUUAUGAGGUAUUAAUUUUUUUUCAAGCUUUGUCAAAAGAGUUUGACUCCAAAAGUAUGCAUGAAUAUAUUUAUUUUCCUCCCCAUAAUUGUUAAAAAAACAACGGCGUGCUUGGUCAGAAGAUCGGUGGCGCGCGCCGUCUACGGGUGACGUCACGUAUUUUGCGACAUGCGCGGUUAGGUGAUGUGUAGAUCUCCACACGCCGCGAAACAGACUCCGAAAUGGGGAAAUGUAAAUUUGCGGACUCCUGGUUGGAGAACGAUGAGUUUAAACCAUGGCUGAAGCCUGUCGCUGAAAACAACCGCGAGGCUUACUGUACUUAUUGUAAAAAGAAGAUUAGCGUAGCCUCGAUGGGCAUCAACGCUAUCAAGUCCCACAUGCAUGGUGCUAGCCACAAGGCCGCCUUUGGCCGCAGAGAGCAGUCGCAGCUGUCUAUCGCCAGUUUUUGUGCUCCAACAGCGACACCACUACCUAACACGACAGCUGAACUUGUCAAAACAGCUACGACAGCGACCUCGCCCCCAUCAUCGGCCGACAUCAGGGUGGCUAUGGGCAGCACAUCAACGAUGCGCGCGGAGGUUAUCUGGUGUCUCAAUACUGCUGCGAAUCACCACUCACUGAACUCAAACGAAGGUAUUUCUGAUAUAUUCAAGUCAAUGUUUCCGGAUUCAGACAUAGCCAAGACAUUCACCUGUGGCAAGGACAAAACUGGUUACAUCAUGAGAUUCGGGCUUGCACCCUUCUUUAAGCAGCAGCUCGUUGACACCAUCAACAAAGCGGGCUCGUUUGUGUUAAUGUUUGACGAGUCUCUCAAUCAGUCAACAAAGAAAAAGCAACUUGACGUACAUGUUCGUUUUUGGGAUGAUGACUGUGUCCAAUCGAGGUAUCUGGGCUCUCAAUUCCUGGGGCACGGAACAGCUCAGGACCUGUUGCAUCACAUUAAAGAGUGUGUUGCAAAACUGAAUAUGAGGCAGCUUAUCUCCAUCAGUAUGGACGGCCCCAAUGUUAACUUGAAGUUGGGAGACCUUCUUCAGAAGGAGCAUGCAGAGCUGUAUGGAGCUCAACUGGUCAAGGUUGGAAGCUGUGGGCUUCACACCGUACACAAUGCAGUGAAGGCAGGCUUUAACAUGUGGCAGCUAGACAAGCUCCUUCGGGCACUCCAUUUCCUUUUCCACAAUGUUCCUGCUAGGAGGGAGGACUUCACUGCCUUGACUGGGUCCACCUGCUUUCCGCUGCCAUUUUGUGGCCACAGAUGGGUGGAAAAUCUCCCUGUAGCAGAGAGGGCAGUUCAAGUUUGGCCAGUGAUUAUGAAGUAUGUGGAUGCAGUCAAGCAAAAGAAGCUCCCAAACCCAGGCACUGCCUCUUACGACAUCAUUGAGGCAGCACAAGCUGAUCCCCUUAUCAUUGCCAAACUCCAGUUCUUCCUGGCAAUAUCCAGGACCUUCAACCCCUUUCUGACCAAAUACCAAACCGAUGAGCCAGUUUUGCCCUUCUUGGCAAAAGAUCUGAGUGAGCUGCUUAAGAGUCUACUGAGACGUUUUUGGAAGAGAGAGCUCCUGCAUGACCUCACCCCCCUGCAGCUGACCAAAGUCAAUGUGUCUGAUGAGGCGAACUGGGUCCCAGUAAUGAAUAAUGAUAUAGGCCUGGGCGCUGAAUCUGCCAUAAAGGUGAUGUGAUUGUCCAACAAUUUGAGAGCUUUCUCACUGUUGAGGCUAGAGAUGAGCGUUUCCUCUCCUUUCAGCCACUGCAGCAGCGGAUUGACGUGUUCUUGCACUCAGCACUCAGCAAGUCUUACCCUGAGUUGUCAAAGUUCUGUCAGAGUCUUCUAAUUCUCUCCCAUGGACAAGCCACAGUAGAGAGAGGAUUCUCAGUCAACAAGCAGGUCGAAACCUGCAACAUCCUUGAAGAGUCGAUGGAGGCUCUGAGGUUGAUUUGCGACAAGAUCAGUGCCUGUGGGGGUGCUCUAAAGGUACCUCUGACCAAAGAGCUCCUGGCUUCUGUAGCCUCUGCGAGGUCAAAGUACAGGAUUCACUUGGAACAAGAAAGGAAGAAGAAAGAGACAACGAGACAGAGCCUCAAGAGGAAAGAAGCUGAAGACGAGUUAGAAGUUCUGAAAAAGAAGAGAAAAGUCUUAAGAGAGGUGUGCGACACACUGCAAAAAGAUGCAGAUCAGCUAGCAGAGCAGGCAGAGGGUAAAUCUGGGUCAUUAAUGGCCCAACUGAUCACCAAAUCCAACACUUUGAGGAGAAGACACAAAGAAAAACUCAUUGAUUUGGAGCAAACUCAAAAGUUUAUUGAAAGCAAGUCAGAUGAAUUGAGGCACAUGUCAGGAGUUUGAAUUAGUAUAUGUUGGAGUUAUAUCAGUAUAUCAAUUCACUGUUGGUCUUUGUUGUUCAGUAUUGGUAAUGCCUGUGUAUUUAAUGUUUGUGGGGGAAAAGUUAAAAUAAAUAAAAAAAGUUAAAUGACAAAAAACUGUUGGUCUUUAAUAAACAUUGCCUUUGUUUUAAUUUAUUCUUUUGCGCUUUGUUUUUUCCGAGCCUUUCGGAGUUCUGUUGUAUGGUUGUGCUCUAUAGAUUUAUUUGCAAACUACAACUGUUUAUUAAGUUAAAGGUUUGUUGCUAAUUAGAACUUGAAGUGCGAUGAGGUCUUAAAAUAUUUUGAGAAGGUCUUCAAAAAGUCUUAAA